ACAUAACGCUGAAGUCACUGGAGCCCUUUGGACAGCGAGUGGGAGCUGUAGCCUUGCCUCGGACCCCAACAGCCCCUCCCCUCUCGCCCCCUGCCUCAUCCCCAGCAAUGUAGAGACUCUCCCCGCGGGACCCGGGACUCUGGAUGGAAUGUGCCAUUUGCCUAGAAAGGGGAAGACUCGGAUCUCUUCUCUCCCACUCUCCCCCUCUCCCCACCCCCGCCCCCGCCUCCUGCUGUAGCUAGUGAAGCUUUCCGUUGCCAUGGUUCCGCCUACAACAAACUGAGGCCGCGGGGCAACUUGCUAGCGUGGGCCAGGUAAGUGUCUCGCGCCGCCGCUCAGGGCUCCUCCGCUGGCUUCGCGGGCGGGGGCCUCUGCAUAACUGUCCUUUCUUUGACUGGAGUCGUGGACCCGGCAAGCACAGGUGGCCUUCAGCUUGACUCGUCUCGGAAGGAUCUCCAGGUGCUGACUUGUCUGUGCAGUUUAUUUCUGCCUUACCAACACAGAAGGUGCUGGAUUAUUCCCAGAGGAACAGAUGGCUAAUUUCCGUUUUCAGAAACAAGAUGAUUUAACAGAAACCAUUUCGAAUCUGGAAGAAUUCAGAAGAGAAGGAUAUGGAGACUUACCGGGUGAGAAGGAAAGAGAGAAAAUGAUUCUCAAGAGGCAUGGCCGUUCAUUUGACUAUGAAUGUAUACUAAGGAAAAAGAGGAUGGCAAUGAACAGGAAGAAGAAACUCACGUACAAGGACAGAGUCCGCACAUUAUACCUUCGAAGAAACAUGAACAAUCUGGAUAGGAUAAACGAGGAAAAGAAAUUUUUCCUUUUGAAAACCAAGGAGGAUCUAGAUAAUUCCAUGCAAAGGAUGGAGUCGAUUCAGAAACAGAAAAUGGAAGUGGAGGCUGAAAUACAGAUGGAGAAAGAUGCCAACAACAAUGCAGCCGUGUUUCGUCUCCAAGCCAGAUAUCAACGUCUCUGCACUGAGUUAAAGCGGGAGAAAGAACUGGAGGAGAAAAUUUCUGCGAUUAUAAAAGAAAAUGAGCGAACCAUGUGGCACAUCGAAAUUGAAGAGGGAAAAUUCAGUCCACUCCAAGAGGCUCUUAAAAACAGAAGAAGCAAAAUUAGGGCAACUUGUCCAACAGCAGGCAGAAGAACGACUUUUAAAGGCAAAUAUGGCGGCUGAAAAGAUAGCCCAAAAUAAAGCCUUCAGAAUCCAGAAAGCAUUGGAAGAUGAAAAGAACUACGAGCUUCACUGUGAAAGAGUGAAGACUGAAGCCAAGAAGAAUAACAGGAUUGCCCAGCAGUUCCUAAGAACCACCUUGAUGAAGAAUCAAAAGAAACAAAACAUUGCAGAAAGACUUAAAAAAGCACAUAUGAAGAAAAGGAUGGAUACUAUGAUUUCCCUGAAGAAAAACAUCGCCAUAAAUCAGGAAAUCAUGAAGAAACUUAUGGCUUGGGACAAAGCCAAGAAAUACUUGGAUAAGCAGAAGAAAGAUACUGAGAGGGAGGCCAUACUAGCUGAAGGAGGGGAUGAUAUAAAGCUGUUGUUACACAGAAAGCAAAAAAGGGACUUGGAGAACAAGAAAAGAAUCUUUGCAGAAGAACAAAGACUUCGAAAAUGUGAAAUUGUGAAUCGACUUCUGAAGGAAGAGGCUUAUGAUGAAAAAAUAAAACAAAGGCAGCAGGACCUGGAAAGUGGGAAAAGUUGGAGGAUUAAAGCCAAGAAACUCCCAAGCCAGAAGGAAAGGACUUGGAACUAUCUCAUGGAUCUGUGCGAUGGAAAAACCCGAGUUCGAACUCCUGUGUUGAAAAUUAAUAGAGCUAUUUCCGAUUUUGCAUAUCCUCGUUCCAUGAGCAUAAUCUCCACUGAGUCAUCGAUGACAGGCGACUUAGACACCUUGCUUGUGAACCUGGAGGAAGAAACACUAGCGGAGCCAGAGAUUAUGGGGCUCUGGAAUGAAGCAUAUAAGCCCUACAAUCUGCCAAAAGAUGAGGUGGAACGCAAACCUUUGGGUGGGACGAAGAUGGACCAAGAUAUCUUUGCAGGAACCCUGGAGAAACUCCGGAGGGGGAUAGUCCACAGACAAGUAGUGUCUGGGCGCGAAUUUAAGGGCUGCCCCUUCUAUAGCAAGCCUGACCUCAUUCACUUUAAGAACUUUGAUAUUGGUAAAAGGUAUAAAAAAAAGAUGACAUUAAUCAACGCAUCCUACACUAUUAACUAUUGCAAGCUGGUGGGAGUCGAUGAGCAUCUCAAGGAUUUCAUUACCAUUGACUUUGACCCUCCAGGUGGAAUGUCCGCUGGGAUUUCCUGUGAGGUUGUCAUCAUCUUUAAGCCAAUGAUAAAUAAAGAUCUUCACGGCAGAGUCACAUUUUUGGCUCAGACAGGUGAAUUUUCUGUACCACUGAAAUGUACAACAAAGAAAUGUCUCCUGUUCCUGGAAAAUAAGCUCAUUAACUUUGGCACAUACGUGGUGGGAGAGACUGCUGUACAGACUAUCACCCUGGGAAACCGUGGAGCCCUGGGUACACAGUUUUAUGUUCGCUCAAAAAUCGAGACCCCUGAUUUCGGAACCAAAUCCCCCAAUGUAAUAGCUAGCUCUUUAUAUUCAUUGGAUGAUAGAAGUGUGGACGACAAAUCCAAAUCUACUGAAGCCUUUUGUAUUCCCUCCAUUGAUAUCAUUCCAGCUGCAAGCCCUGCAACCUCAGAAUACCUGUCUGAUGACCUCUACCAAGACCAAAGCAUUUCCAUAGAAGAAAUCCUUUCGGAAAGAGUGCCCAGUAGCAUUUAUGACGAACAAACAGAAAUCAAACUGGGAGAGAUACGAACAAAUGAUAUUAAACCCUUCGGCUCUGUACAAAUUCCAGUGAUCUUCACCCCAACCAUCCCAGGACCUUCAGAAGCCAAGUUUCAAAUCUUUUUUAAGAACCCCGAUUGCCGUCCAUUAUUCUUCAGAGCCAUUGGGGUGGCUAUUAUUGUGCCUGUCUGGGUUCCAAGACCGAAUGUGGACAUGAAGAUCUGUAUGUAUGACCGAUUGUAUCAAGAGGCUAUCAUCAUUCAAACCAGGUGAGCCACCACCCAUCAGGCUCUAUGUGAGAUGGAAUGGAAUGUAUUGCCAUAGUUAUUAUACAUCUGAGUCAGGCCAAUGGAAAGCAGACUUAUUCUAUAUGAUGGAGUCC